AUGCUGUACCCACCCCCACAGCCCACUCAGGACGGCCACACCAUCGCAAAAGAAGAAAACAACCACUUUCCCCAUAACGACGUCAUGGACACGCCCACCUUUCUUCAGUCUCUCGAUAUGCCUACUUCAGAGACCGGCGCAUCGUUAUUGGAUGGCUUGGGCUCCGAUGGUGGCGCCGGCUUGUCCGAAUUUGGCUUGAGUCCCAAUUUCGGAAGUUUUCCCGAAUAUACAGAUCCCAACGGUAAGGACGAAGCGGUGCAUGAUAUUGGGGCCGUGAACGGUGUGGCGAGCCCGACUUUGGGGUCGGCGUCGGCGCUUCCCAACCUGUUGCAUGGCGGCAUUGGUCAGGGUCUAGGCAACAUGAAUGGUGCUCUCACGAAGAUAUCGCCGCUUCUGCCGCUUCCGCAGCUCAGCGACCCGGUCAUCAACAAUCUCCAAAUCCCCUCUGCAUCGGUGCUUUCGAGCUAUCUCCAGAACGGCUCUACAAUGGGACGGAAUGGCCCACAGCUUCUCACCUCAAGCAAGAAGAAGAAAGUGCCCCAGGCGUCCAAACAGCCGCCAGCGUUCAUUCAAAAAAUGUGGUCCAUGGUCAACGAUCCGGAGAAUCACACGUACAUUCACUGGAGUGACGAUGGCGAGUCGUUCCUUGUGGCCCACCGUGAAGAGUUCAUGAAGAGCAUUCUUCCGAAAUACUUCAAACAUAAUAACUUCGCCUCCUUUGUUCGCCAGUUGAAUAUGUACGGAUGGCACAAAGUGCAAGAUGUCACCAGUGGACUGUUGAGGGAUGAUCGUAAUCCAGAAGAGGUGCUUCAGUUCAAGAACCCUUUGUUCAUGCGCGGCCGCGAGGACCUACUAGACAGCAUUGUUAGAAACAAAUCCGGUGCUAAUGAGACUGAGGCUGCCGAUGUGAAUCAACUCAAUUUGCAGCUUGUCAUCAACGAGUUGGAGCUGAUCAAAAUGAACCAGCUUGCGAUCAUUGAAGAUAUGCGCCGAAUGCGCAAAGAUAAUCAGAUGUUAUGGAACGAAAGCUUUUCCGCUCGUGAAAGACACCUGAAACAAACUGAUACCUUGGAGAAGAUCAUGAAAUUCCUCGCCGUCGUCUACGGAAACUCUGCAGGCAAAGUGUUCGAAGUAGAGGAUCGUUAUGACCAGCACUUCGAUCAUCAAGUAUCUCCUUAUACUAGCAGCAAAAACAGUAGCGUGAGCAACCCUACGCCAAGUGCAGCUGCUACAUACCCCCCUCACCAGCCCUUUCAAAAACCUAGACUUAUGUUGAUGAACAAGGCUUAUCAACUGACUCCCGAAGAAUCGAAGAGUCUGACGGCAAGCAGCAGGAAUGUUACGAACGCAAAUUCUCCAUCAGCACCCACAAAUUCAGAGCAUGCAUCCCCAACAGCCAAUGGUGAACAAAUCACGGAGCUCAACUCCAAGGGUAGAAACUCGACGAGCAGCCGCAAAGAUUCCGUGGCUUCCACUGGAAGAGACGUUAUUGAAGAGAUUGCCCGCUCCUCGCCCGAUCUUUCUCAUGGCGACGCCAACAAGGUUUUCCAACAGAUCAUGAAUCCAGACGGCUCAAUCGCUUCUCCCAACAAUUACUUGUCUGACUUCGCCCAGUAUUUUCAAAACACCCCUAGCAUGCCCAAUGCUCCCGAUAAGACACAACUCAACGAUAACAUCCAAGGCUUGGAGCAAAACAUUUAUCGCCAGGGCCAAGCAUUGCUGCAUGUGCAAGAUUUACUUCAACAGUUGACUGAUCGUCAAAACCAACAACAAGAAGAGUUGCAGCAGCACAAGCAGAAACAAGGCCUGGUUUCCCUGACCCCUAACAGUGGCGACGAGUUUAAUAUGGACGACUUUUUGUCUAGUAAUCCCCUUGAUACCAAUUCCACAGAUGGCAGAUCCCCAGAAAAACCUCCUUCCAAGAGACACAUCGAGGAUGUCGAGGACGAGAGCACAUCUACAAAGAAAGCAAAAAAGUAA